AUGUUACUUGAACAUAGAAAAGCACAAAAUGAGUCAGCUGAAGAAGAACAAGAAUUCUCUGAUGUAUUUAUGAAGACCCUAACAUAUACAAAUCGAUUCAGGAAGUUCAAGAAUAAAGAAACUAUAUCUGCUGUUAGAAACUUACUGAUGCAGAAGAAACUCCACAAAUUUGAAUUGGCUGCUAUUGCUAACUUAUGUCCUGAAAGUACUGAAGAAGCAAAGUCACUUAUUCCAUCCCUGGAAGGAAGGUUUGAAGAUGAAGAGCUACAAGCUGUUUUAGAUGAUAUCAGAACAAAAAGAAGUUUACAAUACUAG